AUGAGAAAGAGUUUCUAAAUAAUUUUUGGAAUUGAUAGCCGUAAAGAAAAAAGAGAACCAAUUAUUUAAGAGAGAGUUUAACAAGAGUUUGUGUUUGAUUCUUAAAAGAGUGAAUAGCAUUAAAACUAAUUUUUAAUGAUGAAUCUAUAAAGAAAGAGAACUAACCAAUAUUUAUAUGCUUCAGAAAGAUUAAGGUCAAUUUAUCAAAUUAAAAUAUAAUCUAAUGGAUUUGAAAAGAUUCCUAUCAUAGCUUAUCCAAAAGAUAAUACAGAAGUAAUUGGAUUAUUUCAAGUCAUGGAAAAAAGUAAAUUUGAAUUUGAAUCAUGCUAGAUGGAAUUAGAGAGCCUCGAUAGUGGAUCAUUAUUUGGUGAAAAAUUAGCUCAAAAAAGUGCAAUUAUAAUGACUUGUGUUAGUAAGGAAGACUUUAGACCUUACUAUGCUUAAGAACAGAGUCAGGAUAAUGAUAAUAUCUAAUCUUAGUCUUCAUAACAGCAUCAUAAGAAAAUAAAGUAGCCCAAAAAGCAAUAAACUAUUUUUGGCCUAAACAAAUCUAAAGUAGAAUUUAUAAGAGAAGAUAAAGAAUAAAAAUCUUAAUAUAAUAAUUCAGAAUCUCACUUUAAAAGAUUAGGCGGAAUAUUGGAGGAUUAUAUUCUAUUCUAUUGCCCUCUUUUUUAAAAGAUGAAAGUGUUCAUAACAAAGUCGUUCAAGAUAAAAGUUUUGAGGAAAAGAUGUUCAAUCUAAUAAUAAAUUCUCAAAAAUAUCUAAAUUGAAUUUUCAAAUUUGAACAAGAUAAAAUUUACUAAUGAUUUAUAUUUUGAGUUAAAUGAUUCAUUCUAAUAGAUUGGUUUAAAAAAAACUAAUUCUUAAAUAAAUUCUGAUGAUUAAACUAGUAGAAGGAAAAUAACAAAUACAAAAUCAAAUUAAAUCAAAUUCUGUAAUGAAAAAAAUCCAUUCAUCAUCUGGGAUGAUGAUAAUCUUUCAUUAAACAAUAGAUUUUCAACUCCUUGGUAGAGUUCAAACCUUAUGAAAGUUUUUUUUAAUGAAUUUGAUGAUUAUAAUAGAAUUUCUGAAAAUAUAUAAUUUGAAGAUAAUGGAAAAUAAUUGGAAAAUCAAGAAAAAAGAUGA